ACAAACUUCAUAAUUCGAGAAGAUGCUUCCUCUUUCGCUGCUCAAGACUGCUCAAGGGCAUCCCAUGCUUGUGGAGCUGAAGAAUGGGGAGACGUAUAAUGGGCACUUGGUGAAUUGUGAUACAUGGAUGAACAUUCAUCUCCGUGAAGUCAUCUGUACUUCAAAGGAUGGAGAUAGGUUUUGGCGAAUGCCUGAAUGCUAUAUCCGUGGCAACACUAUCAAGUACCUCCGAGUUCCCGAUGAGGUGAUUGAUAAAGUACAGGAAGAGAAGACCCGCACAGAUAGAAAACCACCAGGGGUUGGACGAGGGAGAGGAAGAGAAGGUCCAAAGGGCAUGGGACGUGGUAUGGACGAUGGAGCUGCCAGAGGCCGAGGACGAGGUGGUUCAAUUGGAAAGAUGGGUGGAAACAAAGCUGGAGGUCGAGGCCGUGGUUGAUACAACUUUUAAAUGUAUCUACCGGACCGAAAGCUGCUCAGAACUUGCUUCCACAUCUCUGUCCUCUCUCUCGCUGCUGCACUUUGUGAUUGCUUCUUUAUUAUAUGUUUCUCAUUAGCCUCAAGAAUAAACUUCUAACCCUCUUUCUUUGGGGUUUUUAUUUAUUUGUAAAGGCUCUUGAGAAUGUUUUUCGAUUCUCUAUAGCUUAUUUACAGUUUGUAAUAUCUGAAUUUUACUGUC